UACACAACUUAGCACUGGUGCCCUAACGGGAUACAAACAGAAGGUUAGUUAGGUUGUCAGCAAGGAAUCACUCACCGAAGAAAAGGAUUUCUUCAUUAUCAACACCGAGCAAUAGUACUUGUGUUAUGAAAAGUGGACACGUGCUCUGUUUGGAUUGUGACUGAACACCAUGGCUGCAGCGCCUGCUUUCAGACGGACAGAUUCAGCUCGGGGGGAAUUUUCCCCCCUCAAACACUUCGUCGUAGCCAAGAAGAAGAUCAGCGACGUGUUUGAACAACUACUCAACUAUGUGAAACUGACUUCUGAGUUUGUUGAAGAUAUCAAUGGGAAUAAAGCCCUGGAGAACAUUGCCAAUCGGGAUCAGCAAGUGGAGAUUCAGAACUAUGCUGAUAAGCUUGCUACCAUUAAGGAGGUGCUGGCACGCAGGCACAUGAAGGUGGCAUUUUUUGGCAGGACCAGUAAUGGCAAAAGCACAGUGGUCAAUGCCAUGCUGAGAGAUCGCGUGCUGCCCAGUGGGAUCGGCCACACUACUAACUGCUUCCUGAGUGUGGAGGGCACCGACGGGGACAAGGCCUACCUCAAAACAGAGGGCUCAGAGGAAGAGAGGAGCAUAAAGACGGUGAACCAGUUGGCUCAUGCACUUCACAUGGAUGAGAGCCUGGAUGCCGGUUGUCUAGUCCGAGUGUUCUGGCCAAAGACCAAGUGUGCUCUGCUUCGAGACGAUCUGGUGCUGGUGGACAGCCCGGGGACAGACGUCACAUCACAGCUGGACAGCUGGAUUGACAAGUUUUGCCUGGAUGCUGAUGUCUUUGUCCUGGUGGCCAACUCAGAAUCCACACUCAUGAACACGGAAAAACACUUUUUCCACAAAGUGAAUGAACGUCUCUCGAAACCAAACAUAUUCAUCCUCAACAAUCGCUGGGAUGCCUCAGCAAACGAACCGGAGUACAUGGAGGAUGUGAGAAAGCAGCACACUGACCGUUGUGUGAACUUUCUGGUGGAGGAGUUGAAAGUCCUUGACCGCGAGCAGGCACCCAACCACAUUUUCUUCGUAUCUGCAAAAGAGGUCCUUAAUUCACGCAUGCAGCGUGCGCAGGGUAUGCCUGAAACCGGUGGCGCUCUAGCUGAGGGCUUCCAGGAGAGACUGAGAGAAUUCCAGUGCUUUGAGAGGAGGUUUGAGGAGUGUAUCUCGCAGUCAGCAGUGAAAACAAAGUUUGAGCAGCACACUAUCAGGGCCAAGCAGAUCACAGAAAAAGUCAAGAACAUCAUGGACACUAUCAACAUCGAAGCGGCAGAGAAAAGAGUGGCGGCUCUGGAGGACAGAGAGUACCAAAUGGACCGGCUGGAGUUUGUCAAGAAUCAGCUCAACUUGCUAAUUGAUGACAUUAAAAAGAAGAUCAAAGCUAUUAGUGAGGAUGUGGAGUCCAAGGUGUCCGUCGCCAUGGAAGAGGAGAUUUGCCGUCUACAUGUGAUUGUUGAUGAGUUCCACACAGAUUUCCAUCCCUCACCUCAUGUCCUUAAGAUAUACAAGUCCGAGCUGUUGUCUCAUGUGGAGGAGGGGAUGGGCAAAAACCUGGCCUUCCGCUGCUCCAACGCCGUCAACAUGUCUGUCCAGUCCACUCAGAGAUACAUGAUAGAGAGCAUGCUGCCUCUGCUUCCCUCUGUGGGCCAGAGCCAGGUCGGCACACUGGUGCCCAACAGGAUGUUCGACCUGAGUUACGACCUGAACUGCACCAUACUUUGCAGCGACUUUCAGGAGAACAUCGAGUUUCGGUUUUCAUUGGGCUGGGAACAGUUAGUCCACCGCUUCCUUGGAUCUGUUAAUGCGCAGAGAGCUCUCAAACUGGUGGAUCAGAACUUCCAGACAUCUCGGCCGGCGUUGCCACAAGCCCGAACACCAUCCUCAGGACCUUCCUCGGUCUCGGUGCCACCCAACAAUGAGACGGCCCUCAUGACCCAGGAAGAUCUGAUGAUCGCCAUGGCAACUAAUGUGGCAUCCCUCACGUCACGCACUUCUAUGGGUGUUGUCAUCGUUGGAGGAGUGGUGUGGAGAGCAGUUGGCUGGAGGCUGAUUGGCCUGUCGGCUUCUCUCUACGGCCUCCUGUAUCUGUACGAGAGACUCACCUGGACCACUAACGCGAGGGAGCGUGCUCUGAAGCGCCAGUUUGUGGACUACGCCACUGAUAAACUACAGCUCAUUGUCAGCUUUACGAGUGCAAACUGCAGCCACCAGGUUCAACAGGAGAUGGCGACGACCUUUGCUCGGCUUUGUCAGCAGGUGGACCAGACGGAGAAAGACCUGGAGGCAAACAUCCGUCAACUGACAGCCAAAAUAGAUGAGAUGGAGAUCAUACAGAGUCGUUCAAAGACCCUAAGGCAUAAAGCCACAGAGCUGGAGAAACAGCUGGAGGAAUUCACACACCAGUACCUACAGCCUCAGGAGUGAAGCUGCUCGUCUUCACCAGUCCACAGUUUGGCUCUUAUGGAGUCGGUCAUUCCUUAUACCGGUGCUGCCCAAACGCACCAUCACAUGGUGCACUUGAUAGUGCUGAAAAUCUUUGAAUCGACUUGUCAUCAGCUUGGGGGGAAAAAAAUCAAAAAAUCAGCCCGUACAAUGUUUUAAUAAAUGGUGAAAUGCCCGUUGUUUAAAAGACAGUACCAUAAUCCAGCCACCAAAUAUGAAGGUUUGAAUCUUUUGUUUCAUUUGUGAAAUAGGUUUUUGUUGUCAUGUAAAAAAAUAUAUACUUUUUUCUUUGGUCACUUUGUAAUCUGUUGGUUUAUUAGGAGGAAAGAAAACGAAAUAUUAUUUAUGAUUAGCAGACAAAGUAGAGGGAAAGGCCAGACACAGUAUUCUUUCCUCUUCCUUCAGCUGGUGAUGUGCGCCGGGUGCUCAUGAAGUGGCAGUGAACAAACUGUACAACACAAAAGCCUACAUGGACUGCAGAUGUGCAGAGAUGCUCCACAUGUUGGUUGGAGGUCACCUGUUUCAACACUACAUUCUGUGACUUCUUAAUUCUGAAAAUGCCUUUUCUUUUUUGGAGUAGCUUAUGGGUAGCAAAUGAAGUUUGUGUCUGCUCAGACAAACAAUCAACUGUAUGUUUAAAAAAAAAAAAAUUAGAUAUUACAAGAAACCUUAUUUUUGUUUUCAUAAUAUACUGUAAGAAGGCCGUUUGAGUAGAAAGGGAAACCAUCUGUUUAAAUUCUCUAGUUUGAGUUGUACACUCUGAAAAACUCACACACAAAGUGUGAGUUGUACACUCACACUUUGGAAAUGUUAAGAUGUUUUAUAAUAUUUUAAUAUUCAUAAGACAUUACAAUAACAGAUCAUAUUGCAUUUUAUAAAACGUAUCUAUUUUUUUCUUUGGUUCUGUUGAAAUACCUCUAGAUUUGCCAGGUUGUAUUAAAAGUGAAACAAUCUAA